GUGAUCACGAUGGAACUGAAAUAAUGACAUCAUAAUUUGUUGAUAACGUUCGAAACGAAAAUUAGAAAAAUUACAUUUUUUUAAUUAAGUACUAAACUUGGAAUGACUUAGAAAAGUAGUAGCGGGGCUCUGUACAAUGCCUGACAUAAACUCUACUAGCAUGAAUAUUAUAUUUUAUACUUUGCCUGUAAUCAAACUAACAAAUUUUAGAGAUUUUCUACUGAUCGUAAAAUUUGAAACAGGGUUUCGGUUGUGAUAGAAAUUUUAAUUUAACCAUUCGUCGAUAACAUAAGCGAGGAAUCGAGAGUUCCUUAAGUUUCCUACUGUCACCGCAAAUAAGAUGUAAAUUACGAUACAGGUAUGCUACUUUACGACAAUAAUUUUCAUGAAAUAUUCGUACAUGAAAAAAUACUCUCGUGGUUAAAUAUUCUCGUAUAUUAGUAGCGGAUCAAUUGCUACGUAUUAUAUCAAAUACUGUAAUUGUAUAAAUAUGCCUUAACCAAAUUCACGAAAAGUACACAUGUUAGAACGCAGAACUGUCAUUCCGGGAUAGUAAACAGAAAGUAAAAUUUAUCGUUCGAUUAACCGAACGCUUAAAAAUGUCUGUGACCGAAGAAAGAAUUCAAGAAUUGAACAGACGCUUUUUGGAAUUUAUGACCAAAAGUGAAAAUGUGGAAAUUGCGACGAAAGAGAUCUAUGAAGAUCUUCUGGAUGAGGUUCUAAUGGGAUUUGUUUUUGACGUACACCGUACAACAAAAACUGGUAGCUCAGACGUUGAAGAAGGUAUACCCGAUGACGAAUCGUACGCUAUCGUAGAUUCUCCAGGCUUGGAUGUUUUUGGUCAGCAUCCAGUCAAAAAAUCUCAAGAAUGCAAUUGCCCAAAUUGUGACAGAGGAGUGGCUGCGUGUCGUUUUGCUACUCAUUUAGAAAAAUGUAUGGGCAUGGGUAGAAACAGUUCAAGAAUUGCAUCAAGACGCAUAGCAAAUAAUUCAAAAGAUUUAAGCAAUUUUAGUGGUGGCAUAAGCGACGAUGAUGAUGAUGUUGACUGGAGUUUAAAUAAUGAUAAGCGUAAACGUAGAAAAGACCGUAAUGGUAUAAAAAGAACGAAACAACAAAAGAACAAUCAAAGAAAUGGGGAAAGCAUUAGCGAACAUAUCCAUAGUAGUAAUGAAAAUUCCCCUUCGAAUUAUGAAAAUAUGUCGUUAGAAGAUAAAAGAAUUCUAUUAACUCAGAUUUGUGGUGUAAUAUCCGAACAUACGAAGAAGUUAUGUACAAGAUCUAUGCGCUGUCCUCAACAUACAGAAGAUCAGAGAAAAGAAAUGAGAGCAAAUCUAGAAUCUGGAAACAACGCGCAAACUGGUCAAGAUAAUCUUCAUGUAGAUGUAGAUACAUACGAAGAGGGAGAUGGACAAAACUUAAGGGAAGCUUUAGCGCGUUGGGAUCGCGAAGGAUCCAGUCAUUCGAGUCCAGCGGAUUCCACAUCCACCACAUCGACAUCUUCGAUAAGCAGAAAACGAGAAACGAAAACGAAAGGCAAAGGCAAAGGUUCUAAACGCGACCGUGGAUCACCCAUUUCGCAAGGAGAUUAAAAUAGUAUAUAUAACUUAUUUUUUAGUAAUAAGAACUUUCUCACAGGACAAAUUAUGUAAUAAUAAUGUUCCUAUGCAUUGUACAAAGCUUCAAGAAUACACUAUUCGAUAUGGAAUAAUAAUUGAAAAAUAUUUCUUAAA